AGACGGUUGCUUACUCCUGAAGCCUGGACAUAGUUUCUUGCCGCAAAACGUGACGGCGACAAGUUGCUUGUCUCCUGGCCUCAAUUCGAGUCGAGUCUGGACCCAACAAGCCAACCGCACCAUGUUUCCCUCCUUCGUCCCAGACAAGGCUAGGCCUCUAGCUACAAGGCCUCAUCUCAUCCCAAGCAUCUUCCUCGUUUGCCUAGUUGGCACUGUUCUGCCUCCUAGCCUGGCCAACACCCUCUCGGUCUCAGCCAUCACCCUCUACCUUUCAGCUCAGAUACCCAAGGCGACUUCAGGGAAGUUUGCUCAAGACUACAUGCUCCCAAUUCAGACCCUUCUACUCAUCACUCAAUGGUUAGACUUCUGCGUCCUUCACUUGCCGGAUGAGUUCUCUCGCGACGAAGACAAGGAGAAGAUUCCGAAAACUUGGUGGGAAAAGCUGAGCUGGUCAUGGAGCCUAAAUACGACAUAUCGAGGUAUAGGAUGGAAUUGGAAAGUCAAGAAUGUUCCGGAAGCGGCACCCCUCUCAACCAAAAAAUGGAAGUUCGUCGCAACAGAGGCUCUGAAAGCUUGUAUUUGGUACCUCCUCUACGAUUUGUGCCGGUACCCAUUCACCGUGUCAUUGUACAAGUCCAUGUCCGCCCCAGACAUCUUUUCUGAUUCGUUGCCCAAACAAGCUUUCUUUGCUCUGAUGGUCGGGAUCAUGAAUUACUGUGCUCUCAAUUUGCAGUAUUCAGCGGGUUCUGCCCUGGCCGUGGCGACCGGGUUGUACACCCCGCAAGAUUGGCCUCCAAUUAUGGGUCGCCUGAGUGAUGUGUCAUCCGUUCGAGCUUUUUGGGGUAAGUUCUGGCACCAGAACCUCAGAAGGAAACUUACCCUCCCAUUCAAUCUCAUUACUAAGUAUAUCCCCAUCCGGCAUGGCACCCUGGUGUCCAGAUACACACAACUAUACCUGGCAUUUAUUACUACGACUGCAAUCCACCACAUAGGCGCCAUGAAUAUGCCCACCAGCUCCAACGCGAACAACCUAAGUCAGGCGGCGUUCUUUAUGUUGCAACCCGCGGCAAUCACUCUGGAAGACUUUGUUGUUUACCUUGCGAAGAAAGCUGGAGUGAAGGAGUCCCGAUUCACGAGAGCUAUUGGAAGUGCGUGGACAUUUGUAUGGUUCACGUACACUUUGAGAUUUGCAGUUGCUUUUUUUGCCAACUCUGGUGUACUGUCAGAGGAAGUCUUACCAAGCGCCAUUCACGAGGCAUUGGGAUUGAUCAAACGACAUUCAGGAGGGCCUGGUUUGGAGGAACUGUGAAUCAAGUACAGCUUUGAUAUGAUAACCACUAGGCUAAGUGCAUCAAAGUGUUCAGGAACGCCUCCGCUCAGAUGUUUGGGAGGAAGUGGCAGAAGUCCAGAACCUACAAUUUCGUAAGUAGUGUAUAUGCCUAGAGAAUCUCUACCAUACCUUGAAAUUACCCUUCUC